AUGGAGCCCAGGGCUCACAGCCAGCAGGAGGCAUCUACCCCUUCCAGCCUGGAGACAGCAGAAGACCUUGGCCUCAAGUUACACACUGCUGUGAGAACCAGGAAUAAUGAACACGUGCAGGAGCUGCUGGAGAAAGGAGCAGAUGUGAACUUUAGAGCAGAUUUUGGCUGGACACCACUGCAGAGUGCUGUGCAAGCUAACAGUCUGAAGCUGGUCCAGCUUCUGCUGGACAAGGGUGCUUGUCCACAUGCCAGGAAGGACAACGGUGGCACCGCAUUUAUUGAGGCAGCAAUGGUGGGAAACGUGGACAUCCUGAAGCUCCUCCUUCGUUGUGGGAUAGAUAUUGAUGACCAUGACAACAACGGGUUCACAGCUUUCAUGGAGGCUGCGUGGUAUGGGAAGGAGGAAGCCUUGAAGUUCCUGCACAGCAAAGGAGCAGCUGUGAACCUGAGGAGGGAAGUGAGUGAGGAGAAGGCGAAGCUGCACAAAGGAGGGGAGACAGCCUUGAUGGAUGCCUGCAAGAAGGGCCACUUGUCAGUGGUCAAGAUUCUUGUCCAAGAGAUGGGGGCUGACGUGAACCUUUGUGACAACAGCGACAGGAACGCCUUGAUCCAUGCCCUGAAGGAGGACCAUGAGAGGGACAAGGAGCCAGCUGCCUCCAUCUCCAUAGGCAGCUUCCUGCUGGACCAGGGCGUGGAUGUGAACAGCAAAGAUGAAGGGGGGAAAACUGCCCUCAUCCUGGCCGUGGAAUUGAGGAGCCUGGAUUUGGUGAAAGCUUUGCUGGAGAAGGGUGAGAUAGAUAUUGAUGAUGCAGACAAGGAGGGCAACACAGCACUGAUGGUGGCUGUGGAGAAAAGGGAUUGCAAGAUAGCCAAGUUCCUGUGUGAGAAAGGAGCAAGGACUGAUGUUGGGAACCUCAUUGCUGUUGCAAACAGGAAACGUGCUCCUGACAUGGUCUGUCUUCUCCAACAGUAUAAAACCCAGUUUGUCCAAGAAACCCUUGAAGACUGGGAGCCAGACAGCAAGUGCUGGAGGGACCAGCUGAAGAACCUUUACAAAAUGUAUCGCCCUAUGAUUGGCAAACUGAAGGUGUUUCAGUUCAUCCAGCAGAGAAUUCAGAGCACUUCCCAGGGUGGCAUCUACCUGGGGCUCCACGGGGGGACGGAGGUAGCAGUGAAAAUAAUCCAAAGGACAGAGGGUGACAAAGAGAAAGCCUUCCUUGAACAAUGUCGUAGCUGUGAGCACCUGCUGAAGCUCUUCCAGGCUGAGAAGGCAAGAGGCUGCAUGUACUUGUGCUUUCCCCUCUGGGAGAGAAACUUUGAAGAACAUCUACAGGGAUCAGAAGACCAAGUGGAUUACAGGGAUGCUCUGAGGAUGAUCUUCAAGGCAGUGAGAGAGCUGCACUCCCUUGGAUAUGCUUACCAGGAUCUGCAUCCCAGUAACUUCCUCAUAGAUUUAGGUGGCAAGAUUUACCUGGCAGACUUGGAUAAUAAAAGAAGGUUGAUCGAAGGUGAACAAGAACUUGUAAACUCAGAUUUAGAGGCCCUCAGCGACCUCGUGCUGUAUGUUUUAGCAGGGGGUAGGAAACCCUUUCAGCAAGUCAGUACCAAGGAUUUGGAUACUCAUUCCCCAGAUUACUGGGAGGCCCUGGACCUUGUAGAAAACCUGAGGUCUCAUGAUGAGCAAGGCUUGGAAGGCUUGAGCAAACAUCCCUAUUUCUGGAGCAAGCAGCUCAGGUUCAACUUCCUGAAGGGUAUAUGGAAUAAAAUCAAAGAUUACAACUGGAAAGACAGAAAUGCUGUAUUUGAGGCUGCUGCAUGUUUUCCUUACUCGUGGACCAAGAAGAUUGAUCCAGAUGUUCUGAAGGUCAUGAAAAAUCCUAAGAAAGGAAGACCAUUCGUAUAUGGCGACAGCAUCAUCGACCUAUUGAGGCUGAUGAGAAACCUGGAUGAACACCCAAAUGAGAGCAUCAGUGAGAAAAUAGGAGACUAUGCUGAGUAUUUCUUGAAGACUUUUCCAGAACUUACCAUUUACGCCUACAAGAGUUUACGCCAGAAUCCCAAAUACUGUCACCUUGCAGACAUUCAGGACCCUUCUCUGUAG